GCAAUCAAACCUAUGGUGAGGUGUCUGUGCUUAUGCCAGACGCCGAUGUCGGUGGGCGAGACGUGGUUGUCCAAUUCCACGGCGGCGGGCUUCGCCGCAUUCACGAGACUCAUCGGUCCUUUGACCCGCUCCACUUCGUGCUCCUCUUUCCCGCCGGCGACGAUGGCUGGAAAAUCAACAUGAAAAAGAACGGCACGCAGCAGAGCAUCACACCGUGCGACUACUACGCCUACCGCAUUCAGUGGCGAGUCAACGAUGACGGCAGCAACGCGCUGCUCAUGUCAGAACGAUUGUUCCAGGAAUACUGCUGCAGCGGCUUCGCCAAGGCCGAGCACUGCCGGCUGCAGUGGCAACGACACAACCAAACGGCCAUUCGAGCGGCGAUGUAUCAGGGAUUGUGCGAUCACGUCAAGGCUGGCGAUGCAGGCAAGCCGGUCGGGAAGCGCAUUGUCCUAUCGAACAGUUUUGUCGGUGGAAACCGCGACAUGUCCCGACGCUACCAAGAUGCAAUGGCAUGCGUGCGGCAUCGGGGCAAGCCAUCGUUCUUCAUCACCUUCACGUGCAACCCGAAGUGGAGCGAGAUCGUCGACUUUGUAGAGUUUUACCCCGGUUCAUCGGACGUCCUCUGAUGAGCCAAGAUUCCUCUGGGCAUGAAUCCUCCGGCCAAGAUUCCUCUGGGCGGAGAUUUUGAGAUACAUCGAUCUCAAUAUCUCCCUGUCGCCUUCUGUUGUUUUUUUUACCGAACGGACACGAACGAGAGAGA